CAUGAUAAAAAUCUGUAAACUAUUGGAGCAUCGAAUAUUUUCCGGUAAAAGACGAACCGAUAACAUUAUCAACCGUACGUCGUGCCGACUGCCGAAUGCCGUGAGGAAACGAUAAGAAUUACGAACGACGAGAGAGACCGAUUUGUCAGUUAGUUUAUUAGUUACGAGUUACAAUUGAUUUUGAAAACCUGAUGAGACGUUCGUCUCGCUUGGCGUUUAGUUUUCCAUUGUGCGCCCGGCAAUUGAAACGCGGGCGUUUUGCACUGUGGAUACCGAAAGUCGAUUUUUAUGUCCAGUGAUCGACUACGAUGCAGCGUGUCAAAAUAUUAACCGUAGUGUUAUCCCGGAACCGUUGGAAAGAUCCGUUUGGCAUCCACCCGGCGAUGACAGAUUGGACACGACGGCGACGGGUGCACACGUCGUGCGCGACUUUUGAGUUCCACGAGUAUGAUAAGCGGAGCGGCUAUGACACAGGGUUUGAGAUCGCUGAAUCGCGAACCGAGAGAAUUCGCCUGGGUCUGAAACAGCUCAAAAAAGAAAUCGAACUAUGGAAAAAUGAAAUGAAAGAGGUCUUGAUCAGUGACCCCAUACUCGAUUACAGAGCAGGAGAAGUGGAUGUGUUCUGGAGAUUUCACGAAGAAUCUUCGUUGGAUCAUUGGAUUGUCACUAGUGAUAGUGAUCAUGCUGAAGGUUUUAGUAAUUGUGAAUUAAAAAUAAGUCAUCAAGGUUGUGGACUCUUUCAUGGAAAUCUAUGUUCAAGAGUUCCAAAAGAUGGAAAAAUUCAAAAUUCUGGUUAUUGCAAUAUGAUAACAAAACGUGUUUCUAAAUCUUUUCAACGUGAUAGUUUUUUAGACUGGAGUCCUUACACACAUCUUAAUUUACGUUUAAGAGGUGAUGGACGAAGUUAUCUAAUAAACAUACAUGUGUCUGGACAGUUUGAUAUAAUGUGGAAUGAUGUAUUUACAUUUGUGCUUUAUACUCGAGGUGGGCCAUAUUGGCAAACCACAAGAAUACCAUUUUCAAAAUUCUUUUUUGCCAGCAAAGGACGUAUACAAGAUAAACAAGCACCAUUGCCAUUAUACAGAGUUACUCAUUUUGGUAUUACGGUAUCAGAUAAAUCUGAUGGCCCUUUUCAAUUAGAAUUGGAUUAUAUUGGCGCUGAUUUUGAUCCUACGCAUCAUGAAGAGACUGCAUAUGAAAUGUAUGAAGUUAAACAAAAUUAUAUAGUUGGAACAUAAAUUCAUAACUUGUUAUAAUAUUAGUUUAUAGAUUAUUUAUGUUUAUA